CCCGCGAGGGGGCGUGUCUUAGCGCAGAACGGCUCCUGAUGGCGGAGCGGCGCGUGUCGCGCUGGUACUUCGGCGGCCUCGCGUCGUGCGGCGCCGCUUGCUGCACCCACCCGUUGGAUUUGCUGAAGGUCCACCUGCAGACGCAGCAGGAGGUGAAGAUGCGGAUGAUGGGGAUGGCGAUGCGUGUGAUCCGCACUGACGGCUUCCUGGCUCUCUACAACGGGCUCAGCGCCUCGCUGUGCCGGCAGAUGACGUAUUCCUUGACUCGCUUUGCCAUCUACGAGACCGCAAGGGACCGCUUGGGCCAGGGCAGUCAGGGGCCUCCCCCCUUCUACCAGAAGGUGCUGCUGGGUGCAGUGGGAGGUUUUACUGGCGGGUUCGUGGGGACCCCGGCAGACAUGGUGAACGUCAGGAUGCAGAACGACGUGAAGCAGCCGCCCUCACUGCGGCGCAACUAUUCCCAUGCCCUGGACGGCAUGUACCGUGUCCUCCGGGAAGAGGGCUUGAAGAAACUGUUCUCGGGAGCUACGAUGGCAUCCAGCCGAGGGGCCUUAGUCACCGUUGGGCAGCUCUCCUGCUAUGACCAGGCCAAGCAGCUGGUUCUCACAACUGGGUUGCUGUCAGACAACAUCUUCACUCACUUCCUGGCCAGCUUCAUCGCUGGCGGAUGUGCCACAUUCCUGUGCCAGCCCUUGGACGUGCUCAAGACCCGCCUCAUGAACUCCCAGGGCGAGUACCGGGGUGUUGCCCACUGUGCCAUGGAAACUGCCAAGCUCGGCCCCCUCGCCUUCUACAAGGGCUUCGUUCCUGCCGCCAUCCGGCUCAUUCCUCACACCGUCCUCACCUUUGUCUUCCUGGAACAGCUGCGCAAAUAUUUUGGGAUCAAAGUGAUUACCUGAGUAUGAGGGACAGGACCCUGCCUCACCCCAGGGGGGUGAGCGUGUGGGUCACUGCUGAGAUCCCAGAACCCCUCUCUGUUGUCUGGGGCCAGCGCCGCCCCUCUGACCCCUUGUCCCCACUCCUGUGCCUUGCCAGUGCCUAUGGCCAGCCAGUUUCAGGCUCCCUUUUCCUCUCUCACCCCCAUUCUCAGCAUCUCUGUUACCUCUGGUCUAUUCUUGGGCCUCCUGUCCCCUCUGCACUGUUGGUUUGGGGUGUUUUUGCUGUUUUCCCACUGCUCUACUGGCCACAAAUUCUGUCCUUACUUCCCUCAGCCCUGUCCCUUAUGGGCUGCGCUGUCCUGGGGGGACAGGGGAUCCGGCCUUCUGGCUCCGUGCCUGGUCACCGAGCCCAUGGGGCUGGGGGGGGCCAGUUCCACCUGUGAUCACGCUGCAGCAGGGCCUGUGCCGGGGACAGCGGGGCGCAGGGCCGGCUCACUCCCAGCCUCUCCUGCGAGCAGCAAAGGGAGACAAGGGUUUAGCGCAGCGAGGCCCCAUCCUCCACCCUUAGUGCUUCUGGCCCCACGUGCUCCUCCGCUGACCCCAGCACAGCCUGGCAUCCCCCCUCUGCUUCCCGGCCUCCCCAAAGGCACCCUGCUUCUGCUUGGCCAAAACUCACCAGCGCCCAACGGCUGCUGGGCUCCUCAGGGAUUGUGCCUCGUACCAAUGACGACAGAGAAUGGACCCCAUGGGCGAGGGGCAGCCACUCGGCUGCCCUGCCCCAUUGGCCAGGUACGGGCUGGAGCCCUCCGUGCUAGGGCUGCCCUCGCCUGCGGCAAGGCCGGCAGCGGCACCGCUGUUCCCCGGCUCCGGCUGGGGCCAGGCAGCGCCUGCUCGAGGACCGGGUGCUCACUCACCUGCGGCGCACUCACCCACCAGACCCGGCCUCGGGUGGGGGCACCCAUCCAUCACCGCUCCCCAGCCUCACCGGCCCCACUGCCUCGAGUGCUCCAUGGCCCCCCCCGGCCCUGCACCGCCCUGCACGUGGGGGCUGCAGGCACCAGCCGCUCUGCCCUGUGCACCCCUGUGCGUGGUGGCCCCGAGGGAUCAAAGAACUGGAAUAUCUGUGACCUUAAUAUAUAAUAAACAGUGGAACAAGCA